GUGUACAUUGAAGGUCGAUAAAUCGACCGAAAUCGAUUGAAACAACAUCGGUUAGUCGGUUCGCCCACCACAUCAAUCGACGAUCGAUUUGGACAAGCAUUGAUCAGUCAUAAUAAUAAACCCCAAACCCAAUUAGGUCAAACUCCUACUACCCCUACUUCUCUAGUCUCUCCCCUCUAGCCUCCAUACUCAAUCGCCCACCGAGGCCCCAACAUAACACCAGGCCCGUCAAAAAAUCCAAGCCCCGGUGCAACACACCUACCUCCCUUUCGCAUAGAAAUUGUUCAUAAAAAUAAAAUGAAAAACGAUUUGGACAAAAAAUUACCAACCAAUCCAACUGGUAGAUCGAUGGGUGACAAUGGUGAUAGGUCAGUCGAUUUCUAAUUUAUGGAAAUCGACCUUGUAGACGCCUAUGGAAAUCGACCUUGUAGAUUUGGCGUCGAUUCCUAUAAGAUCAAUUCAGAUUGACUCUAGUUCAUUUAGAAAAAUAUGGUUUUUAGCCCAUAAACGGACCGGACCGAUGCCACGAAAGAAGACAAAACUAUAAUUUGCAAAUAAAACCCAUAGAAAGAAGCCGAAUACAGAAAAUGUCCGGUCCAGAGCUGGAAGUGGCAGAAUCCCUCUCUUCCGGAGAAGCUAAAAGAUGAGGCUCAGAUAGUGCCCAUAGAAUUCCUUCAUUCACAAACCCCACAAGCACUAUGAUUUAUCAUUAUGAAGAAGAAACCAGAGGUUGAAGACGACCACCGUCAUCUCGAAAUCCUCAAGGCGGUGGCGCAGGCCUGGCACAGCCACACCGGCAGUUCAAAGCCCGCUAAUGAAUUCGACGCCCACCGCCGGAAUUGCAGAGGCACCCCCUCCCGCUUCAAGCUGGAGGCGAUAAGAACCAGGUCCUCCGCCGGCGACCGGAGCGGCGGCCCGAGAUGGGACUUCAGCCAAUCGCUGUGGGACUCGUAUGAGAUUGUGACGGUGUCGAAGAAGCUGGAGGCGGGGCUGGUUCUCGACGGCGACGUGUUUCAUGAAUACGACGGCGGCGGGCGAGGGAGAGUCCAGCGGAAACACACAGAGAGUAACAAUAGUCUCAGAAACUUGUUCAACAGGGUUUCUUCGAGGAGGUUCAACUAGCCGCCAUUGAAAUUUCAAACCCAGAGAUGCAGAUGACUGGAAUCCGAUUUUGUUGUUUGAAUUUUUGUUUUUGUUUUGAUCUACAUAUUUGAGAGAUCAAGUUACAAAAUUUGUGAUUUUUGUGGGUGGUUGGUUCAAUGGUUUCUUCUACUUUCUGAUUACCA